AUGUGUCUCCUCUCUGCACUUUUCAAAAUUGGACGCAUUCUUAUUCAACAUUUCAUUGGGGAUCAAAAACUGUUCCUAGACGAGGAAAUCGAGUUUUCUCUCGACAAACACCAUCCAGCAAAGAAUUUUGGAAAUUUCGAAAGUGCUGAAGUGGCUGGAACAACUCGAAUGCUCAAUGAGUCUAGAUACUCGAAAAUUGAAAAUAUUGACUGA